AUGGGUCUAGGCAUAAUGGAUGUGAAAGGCCGUCAGGUUUCAGGUACUGUCGAUAUCCUUGAGAAGGAGCGCUCGGAGGACCAACCGCCUACCUACUAUGCAAAAUUGAAGUACGAUCGUUCCGAAACACAGCACAUACUUCUUGUUCCUCAACCAAGUGACGACCCAAAUGAUCCAUUGAACUGGCCGUUAUGGAAGCGCGACCUAACCAUUUUUGCCCUCUCCCUCGUUGCGGUUCUCUGCGCUACGACCAGCUCGGUCAUGGCCGCGGGUACUGUCACUCUUUCGAGACACUAUCGAAAAAGCUUCAUGUCCAUCGCCCUGCUCACCGGAUACCACCUCUGCGGAACCGGAAUUGCGGGCAUACUCAUCGUGCCGACUGCACGAGUAUGGGGCAAACGCCACCUAUUUGUGCUCGGACAUAUACUGAUGAUAGCAAGCUGUGCAUGGGCUGGUAGCAGUGAAAAGAGUUACCAUAGUCUUCUAUGGGCUCGCGUCUUCCAAGGCGUCGCUCUAGCUCCUUUCGAAGCCCUAACAAACGCUGUGGUUGAUGACCUAUUCUAUGUGCACCAACGCGGCAAAAGAAUGGCUUUGUCCAAUGUCGCAGUAUUCGGGGCUGCUUUCCUAGCACCUGUCGCAGCUGGUAAGAUCACAAAAGCCCUGGGUUGGAACUGGACAUUCUACCUCCUCGCCAUCUUCACAGCGGCAGCCCUACCCCUCACGAUAUUCUUGGUACCGGAGACAGCCUAUAGACGCCCCAACUAUUUGGAUCCGGAGAUUGAUAACCAUGACAGAACGGGAGAUGGGCAGCAGACCGAGCUACACAAGGCCCAGAACGAAAACAAUAUGCAAGAGCCUGAGCAGUCAUCAACCAGCAAUGGGCAAUCGUCUUUCAAUGUCGCUGAACAAGAGACGCCGAGUCAAAGCACACCCAAGAAAGCGUCUUAUCUUCAGACCUUGAAACUGUUCAAUGGGAGAAAAAACGACGAGCAUUGGUGGAAACUUCUAUUGCGUCCAUUCCCGCUGUUCUUCCAUCCCGCAGUACUCUGGGCUUGCUUGAUUCAAGGUGUGAUCAUCGGAUGGACGGUCUUCAUCGGCGUUACCCUUGCUGCCAUAUUCAUGAGUGGCCCGCUUUGGUUUGAAGAGGACAAAACCGGAUACAUGUACACAGGUGCUUUUAUCGGGGCCAUGAUCGGACUCGUCCUGUCAGGGCUAUUGUCGGACUUCAUGAACAAUAUCAUGAUCAGACUCAACAGGGGAAGAUACGAACCCGAGUUUCGUAUUCUUCUUGUGAUCUUCCAGUUGAUCUUCUGCGGCAUCGGUAUGUACGGCUUCGGCAUCACGGCCAAUGACGCCACACACUAUGGUUGGCUGCCGCCUGAUGUGUUUUUCGGCUGUGUGGUAAGCGGGAUGGUGAUGGGCGCUGUCGCCAGUGCUUUGUACAUCGUCGACGCCCACCGAAACAUUGUGAUCGAGGCUUUCACGUGCAUGUUGAUAUUCAAGAAUAUCUUCAGCUUUGUGCUGACAUUCUAUACCUAUGAUUGGCUAGUCGAAGCAUAUGUCAAGAAGCCAUUCAUGGCGAUUUCUAGCAUCCAGGUGGCCAUUUGUGCAUUGAGCAUUCCUAUGUAUAUCUUCGGGAAGUGGAAUCGGUUUUUCUUCUCGAGAUAA